GUUCCCCACAAUUCACUGCAUUCCAUUGAAAACCUCCAUGGCUAUCUCUGCAAUUUUCUUGUCUGCUGUAUUCUUUCUCAUCUAUGGCAAUGGCGUUCUUCCCAUUGAAGCUACCCACCAUGUUUACAGAAAUCUUCAGACUCUUUCUUCUCACUCCUCUGAUAAUCAACCUUACAGAACUGCUUAUCAUUUUCAACCUCCCAAGAAUUGGAUAAACGAUCCUAAUGCACCAAUGAGGUACAAAGGACUUUAUCAUCUGUUCUAUCAAUACAAUCCAAAAGGUGCUGUUUGGGGAAAUAUAGUGUGGGCCCACUCAGUAUCAAAGGAUUUAGUUAAUUGGACUCCAUUGGAUCAUGCCAUCUAUCCUUCUCAGCAGUCUGAUAUCAACGGUUGUUGGUCAGGCUCAGCAACUACCCUUCCUGGGGGCAAACCAGCCAUUUUAUACACAGGAAUUGACCCUAACAAUCACCAGGUUCAAAACUUAGCCAUACCCAAAAAUUUCUCUGACCCUUUACUAAGGGAAUGGGUUAAGUCACCCAAGAAUCCUCUAAUGGCCCCAACUCAAGCUAACCAGAUAAAUUCUAGCUCGUUUAGGGACCCCACCACUGCUUGGAAAGGCAAAGAUGGGUACUGGAGGGUGCUGAUUGGAAGCAAAGUACACAGAAGGGGUACGGCAAUUUUGUACAAAAGCAAAAACUUUGUGAAUUGGGUUCAAGCAGACCACCCCCUUCAUUCAGCAGAAGGCACUGGGAUGUGGGAGUGCCCUGAUUUCUAUCCAGUUCUGAAUAAAUUUCCAUUGACUACUGGCCUUGACACAUCAGUGAAUGGUGAUCAUGUUAGGCAUGUGCUCAAGGUUAGCUUGGAUGAUACCAAACACGAUCAUUAUCUGAUUGGGACUUAUGACUCUGAAAAGGAUAUCUUCACUCCGGAUAGCGGAUUUGAGAAUAGUAAACCCAUUUUAAGACACGACUAUGGAAAAUAUUAUGCCUCAAAAACCAUUUUUGAAGAUGGACAGAACAGAAGGGUCUUAUUCGGUUGGGUUAACGAAUCCUCAAGCGUUGCUGAUGAUAUCAAGAAAGGAUGGUCCGGAAUCCAUACUAUUCCAAGGACCAUUUGGCUUCAUAAAUCGGGGAAACAGUUGGUGCAUUGGCCGGUUGCUGAAAUUGAAAGCUUGCGUGUGAACCCUGUCCACUGGCACUCCAAAGUGGUCAAUGGUGGUGAAACUCUUCAAGUGACCGGUGUUACUGCGGCACAGGCUGACGUUGAAAUUGCAUUUGAAGUAAAUGGGUUUGGAAAGGCGGAAGUAUUGGAGCAUUGGGAAGAUCCUCAAAUUCUGUGUGGUCGAAAGGGUGCAAACGUAAAAGGUGGUUUGGGACCCUUUGGUUUGUUAGUUUUUGCUUCUCGUGGCUUGCAAGAGUACACAGCAGUGUUUUUUAGAAUAUUUAGAUACCAAAAUAAAAAUUUGGUUCUCAUGUGCAGCGACCAAAGCAGGUCUUCUUUGAAUAACGAUAACGACAAGACAACCUACGGAACUUUUGUGGACGUGGACCCUCUUCGCGAGAAGCUCUCUCUGAGAACUUUGAUUGAUCACUCGGUGGUAGAAAGUUUUGAAGGCGAAGGAAGAGCGUGCAUCACAGCAAGAGUGUAUCCGACGAUAGCAAUCAACGACAAGGCACGGUUAUAUGCUUUCAACAAUGGAACUGCCUCUGUCAAGAUCACAAAGUUGAGUGCUUGGAGCAUGAAGAAAGCAAAAAUCAACUGAAACCAAUUCUAUAUUCCAUUGAAAAGUCAAUUCAUUUGUAGGAGGAACCGUAGGAAAUUCAGAAUCAUAGUUUGUCAUUUUAUCAGUGUUUGCGAUUUCAUUACUGUACUUCUCUUACAGUAUUAUUUAACAAGAAUAAUGUAAACACGUUCUAGAUGGCUAUUAA